UGCUUUGCUCUAUGCUCUGUGCUCUGCUCUGAAGGGAAGAUGGGAGAAGAGGACAGCAAGGGGCACAGUAGCCUUGGUUUGGCUUAAGGAAACUGCAGUGUUACAGCUCAAAGGUGGGGACAUGGGGUAAGGUCAAGAGAGCCAUGCCCCCCAGCCACCUUCCCUCCAAGACUACCAGAGAAGUGCCAGACACUCACCAAUUGCUUCCUUAGACCAAAGGAGAAACUUCCCUAAUUGCUGCUGGUGGAUGGGUUGCUGAACGAUUGGUGAGCAGGAAGCAAAUGGUUAUGAGCCUUAGAGUUUCUGAACUCCAAGUACUGUUGGGCUACGCUGGGCGGAACAAGCACGGACGCAAACACGAACUUCUUACAAAAGCCCUGCAUUUGUUAAAGGCUGGCUGUAGUCCUGCUGUACAAAUGAAAAUCAAAGAACUCUACAGGCGGCGCUUCCCUCAGAAAAUUAUGACGCCCGCGGACUUGUCUAUCCCCAACGUACACUCAAGUCCUAUGCCAGCGACUCUGUCUCCAUCUACCAUUCCACAGCUCACUUAUGAUGGUCACCCUGCAUCAUCCCCACUACUCCCUGUUUCUCUUCUGGGACCUAAACAUGAACUGGAACUCCCACAUCUCCCAUCAGCGCUGCACCCAGUCCAUCCGGAUAUAAAGCUGCAAAAGCUACCAUUCUAUGACCUGCUGGACGAGCUGAUCAAACCCACCAGUCUAGCGUCAGACAACAGCCAGCGCUUUCGGGAAACCUGUUUUGCAUUUGCCUUGACUCCACAACAGGUGCAGCAGAUCAGCAGCUCCAUGGAUAUUUCUGGGACCAAAUGUGACUUCACAGUGCAGGUCCAAUUAAGGUUUUGUUUAUCAGAAACCAGUUGUCCACAAGAAGAUCACUUCCCACCCAACCUUUGUGUGAAAGUGAAUACAAAACCUUGCAGCCUUCCAGGUUACCUUCCACCUACUAAAAACGGUGUGGAACCAAAGCGACCUAGCCGACCAAUUAAUAUCACCUCACUUGUCCGAUUGUCUACGACAGUACCAAAUACCAUUGUUGUUUCUUGGACUGCAGAAAUUGGAAGAACCUAUUCCAUGGCAGUAUAUCUUGUAAAACAGUUGUCCUCAACAGUUCUUCUUCAGAGGUUACGAGCAAAGGGAAUAAGGAAUCCGGAUCAUUCUAGAGCUUUAAUUAAAGAGAAAUUAACUGCAGAUCCAGACAGUGAAAUAGCCACCACCAGCCUGCGGGUUUCCCUGCUGUGUCCACUCGGGAAAAUGCGGCUGACAAUUCCAUGUCGGGCACUUACCUGUUCCCACCUUCAGUGUUUUGAUGCAACUCUUUAUAUUCAAAUGAAUGAGAAAAAACCAACGUGGGUUUGUCCUGUCUGUGAUAAGAAGGCUCCGUAUGAACACCUUAUUAUUGAUGGGUUGUUUAUGGAAAUCCUAAAGUACUGUACAGACUGUGAUGAGAUACAGUUUAAAGAGGAUGGCUCCUGGGCUCCGAUGAGAUCAAAAAAGGAAGUGCAGGAAGUUACUGCCUCGUACAACGGAGUCGACGGAUGCUUGAGCUCCACAUUGGAGCAUCAGGUGACUUCACACAACCAAUCCUCAAAUAAAAACAAGAAAGUCGAAGUGAUUGACCUAACCAUAGACAGUUCAUCAGAUGAAGAAGAGGAAGAACCCUCUGCCAAGAGGACCUGUCCUUCCCUGUCUCCUACAUCACCACUAAAUAAUAAAGGUAUUUUAAGUCUUCCUCAUCAAGCAUCACCUGUGUCCCGCACCCCCAGCCUUCCUGCUGUAGAUACAAGCUACAUCAACACUUCCCUCAUCCAGGACUACAGGCACCCUUUCCACAUGACGCCCAUGCCUUAUGACUUACAAGGAUUAGAUUUCUUUCCUUUCUUAUCAGGAGACAAUCAGCAUUACAACACCUCCCUGCUCGCCGCAGCGGCGGCCGCGGUCUCAGAUGACCAGGACCUCCUGCACUCCUCCCGCUUUUUCCCGUAUACCUCCUCGCAGAUGUUUCUGGACCAGCUAAGUGCUGGAGGAAGCACUUCUUUGCCAGCCACCAACGGAAGCAGUAGUGGCAGCAACAGCAGCCUUGUGUCUUCCAACAGUCUGAGGGAGAGCCACGGCCAUGGUGUGGCCAGCAGGAGCAGCGCGGACACGGCAUCCAUCUUUGGCAUAAUCCCAGACAUUAUCUCGUUGGACUGACGGCCUCAUCCUGCUGCUCCCACCCUGUCCCACAUUAAAUGACUUGGCAGAAGAGAACUCUGUGCUGUUUUACCUUAUCCUGUUUAGAAAAGUACACAAGCGUGGUUUUUUUUUUCCUGUUUUUAGGGAAAAAAAAUUAAAAGAAAUGUACAGAGAACAAAACUAUAUUUUCAGUUUUACUUUUGUAUAUAAAUCUAAGACUGCCUGUCUGAUAAAACACUUGUUUUAAAAAAAAAAAAAAAGGAAGGAAAGAAAAGAAAAAACAAGCACCCACAAACCUCCUUCAGUUCAUUUUUUCUGGAUUCUGAAGACUUUUCACCGUUUGUCCUAUGGUUUGGGUUUUAUUUUACUUCAAUGGCAUUAUCUUACUUGCAAUAACAGAAACAGAAUUGCAUGUAUGAAGUUUUAAAUUGUGGGCUUUGUUGUGGGGAGGGGGUUGGGAUAGUUUUGAUUUCCAUUUUUUAAAAGCAUCAGACUUGGAUUCUGUUUGUGUAUGCGUGGAUUUUACCAGCCUUAAGUUAUGACUCUCACCUGUCCCACUCAUUCCCUUUGUUUUCAGGACAUAGCUCGUGGGGGUGUGUGUUUUCAGUGUGUUCCUGUGUGUACUAUUCUGUCAUCACUGUCCCCUCUCCUCCUGGGUUGGCAUUUAGUUAAUAUCAGUUGCCUGCUUCUUUCAGAGUGCUUCAGAGGUCUUGAAUGCUCACAUGAGCAUCUUUCUCAGCUCUCCCAAUGCAUGUUCUCCAUCACAGGUCUUCUGUGAUCUGCUGAGUACCCCCUAAGAGUGUGUUUCCUAGAAGUGCUAGAGCAAAAGCUGCCUGGAUAAGCAGUCUGAGGGCAGGCCUGUGAACCAUGAUACACUUGGGUUGAUUCUGAAUCUGAAUUGCCAGUAUUUUGUAUGUAAGCCAAGUCUGUGAGUACCUGCAUUUUGGCCACAGGGUAGCAAGUUUCCUUGAGAAUCUUCAUACCAAAGUGGAAUAUGAAAGAGCCCUAGAAGCCCCAUGGGGUGCUGUAUGCAGCUGGCAGAGGACAUUAUUCCACCUCAAAAAAGAAAGAAUUGAGUUCCUCUAAAGUUGACAGUACAGUGCAGCCCACAUGUGGAUCUGUAGCAAAUCUAUUGGAUCAACAGUUGAAACUCAAAACUAACCUUAGUUAUUUUUGUUCCUCUGGUUCUGAGUAUACUUCCUUUCUUAGCCUUGUUUAUUUUUUACUCACCUUUUAAUGACAAGCAUGACAUAGGAAGCCAUUUUUUUAAAUUCAAGAAUCAGUUGGUUUUAUCUACUCUCAAUAGCAGACUAUGUAAAUAUACUACAGUUUCUUCAGAAGAUGAUUAAGGGUCAAAGGAAGGAAAAAGUGCGUCUUAUACUUGAGAGUCAUCAGAGAAGAUGCACUGCCCUUACAGUGGAAGGCAGCUGGAUGGCAGCUGGUGGAGGGCGCAGGAUUCUCAGCAGAGAAGGGGCACACCAUCGCCAGUUCCCAGACUGGCAUUUUAUGUUACCACUUCGUGUUCUCAGAGUUGAAGGACCCCCUUUGUGUAUAGUAAACUUGUUUUCAAACCUUGCAUCAGUAACAGAAGUACCUAUAUUAAUCCAGGUAGAAGUCAAGAUGGCUGUAUCUUCAGUUGUAUGAUAAAGUAAAUGGUUCACAUGACAGAGUGGCAACUAAAAAUGUUAUCUGUUUUUUAUAGCGUCUCUGCUACUAAACUGUCAACUUGAAUUUUGAGAAAAGUUGGUGUUGAUAUGUAUAUGUGUGUGUGUAUAUAUGUAUUUAUAAACAAGUGUGUGUGAGUAACAUCGUCUUCCCCUGCGCAUGUGUGUUCCACACAGAAACGGCUGUUAGAGUCACAAAACAAUCUGCAAUAAAACAAGGCAUUUGUUGUCAGUUCAAACCAGAAA